AUGCUGCACCCCACCACCUCCACCACCAUCAUCAGCCGCCGCGCACUCCUCAGCGCCGCCGCAAAACCAUACUCCACCACCACCACCACCAUGCCCUACCGCCUCCGCGCCACCUGCCCGCGCGCCACGCGCAUCGCCACCAUCCGCGCAUCUACCGCAUCCACCGCCGCCAUGAACUCUUCUACUACUUCUGCUUCUUCUACCAUGACGUCGACCACGACUACGAGUACUAGUACGCGUUCCCUGCACUUCUCGCGCACGCUCCUCGGCUCCACGAAAGAAGACCACAUGGAGCGCGACCGCCUCAACCCGACGAGCACCGAGUACAGCAAGACGGGCUCGGACGACGCGGCCGCACACAUGAACGACGCGGCGUUCAAUCCGAACAAGACGAGGCCUGAGGAAGAGGUCGGCAGUGCGGAGAGAGAGAGUGGUGAGGUGAGGCGCCAUCAGCAAAAGCAACAGCAGUCGUCGUCUUCUCAGGGACCCAACCCUCUGAACGUCAGCCCCGGUAACCGCGACGUCAGCGCGACCAAGGAUCCCAAGCAGAGCGGGCCUGACCGCAGCCCGUCCGAAUCGGGAGAGGCCAGCUCGAGGGCUAGGACGAGCAGCAGGGGCAGCCCGGCGAAGCACGGCGGCGGUAAGACUGGUGGUGGUGGUGUUCACUGA